UGUUAAAUCUGCUGUGAGAUGGAGAUGUUGGGUGAGCGCUGGCUUAUGUGCUUUUGCUUGUGACGGUAAAGCAGCUAACAUCCAACAUCUAGAAAUGCAUGAUGCUGCUGCUGGCAGGGUUAGUGAUGUGUGAUGUUUUUCUGCUCAUCAUACAAUGAGCUGUCGACCUCCGGACCGGUGUGAGCUCGGACGGGACGUCCGGGCGGCCUGGAUCCUCACCGUGACCGCUCUGAUCUCCGCCCAGUCCGCGGGAUGUUCACCGGUACCCUCCGACCCCGAGGUUUUUCUGGAAAAGUAUGGCUACCUGCAUCAGGACAAUCACAUCCACAACCAGGCCGAAAUGCAGUCAGCCAUCAGGGAGUUCCAGUGGCUGUCGCGCCUGCCCAUCACGGGGGAGCUUGAUCGAGCCACCCUCAGGCAGAUGGCCGAGCCGCGGUGUGGGGUGUCAGAUGAGGGCAGCCAGCAGCUCUGGGCUCAGAGGGUGAACGCCAUCUUCACUGCAGGGAGGGACCAUGGCGGGCAGCCACGGCGCCGCAAGAAGCGUUCUGCUUCACAAGGUGAGAAGUGGUACAAGCGUCAUCUGACCUACCAGAUAGUGAACUGGCCUCGCCACCUGUCACCGGGUCCUGUGCGGCUGGCGGUGCGCGCCGCCUUCCAGCUGUGGAGCAAUGUGUCCGGUCUGGUCUUCCAGGAGGCCCCUGAAGGUCCCGCGGACAUCCGGCUGGCCUUUUACGAGGGAGACCACAACGAUGGAUCCAGCAACGCCUUCGAUGGACCCGGAGGAACUCUGGCUCACGCCUUCCUGCCCUGCCGCGGCGAGGCCCACUUCGACAUGGCCGAGAGGUGGACGCUCAACGGACACAAGGGACACAACCUGUUCAUGGUGACGGCCCACGAGAUCGGACACACCCUGGGACUGGAGCACUCUCCCGUCCGUCAUGCCCUGAUGUCACCCUACUACAGGAAGCUGGGCCGCAGCCUGGUGCUGAGCUGGGAUGACAUCAUCGCAGUGCAGCAGCUGUACGGGAAGCCGUUGGGUGGUCGCCCUGUGAGGCUGCCAGGCCAGGUUUUCCACGCCGCUCUGCAGGAGUGGGAGCUGGCAGAUGCUCCCAGUGGGCAUCAAGGCACAGCCCAGCCGCUCUACUGCCAGGGUGUCUUUGAUGCCAUCACUAUGGACCAGAAUGAGACAGUGCUGGUGUUUCGGGGCAGUGUGUAUUGGACAGUAUCAGCUGAGGGAACUGUGAGCGCUGCCCUGCCCCUCCGUCAGCGCUGGCCACAACUCCCUCUGGCCAUCGAGGCCGCUGCCUUCUCCCCACUGGACUCCAAGUGGUACUUCUUCAAAGGGAAGCGGAUGUGGCGUUACACAGGCAGCAAGCUGGACCCAGGCUUCCCCAGGAAGAGCAGUGAUCUGGGGCUGCCCCGCCACCCUGACUGUGCCUUCUACUAUGCCCCUCUGGGCCACUUGGUCCUCUUCAAGGGCUCCCGCUACUUCGUUCUCAACCUGAAAACGCUGCGCUCUGAGCCCUACUACCCCCGCAGGCUGUCUGACUGGACCGGAGUGCCACAAGGGACAAAUGGGGUGCUGACCCGUCCUGACGGGCGCCUCUACCUCUUCAGACAGCAUCAGUUCUGGAGGUUUGACCCUGUCAAGGUGCGAGUCACCAGGGAGGGCACGUGGGUGCAGGAGCUCAGCUGGACUGGUUGCAGCAACACUCUACUGAACAACAACAUCCUUUGACCAGCAGAGGGAGCUAUAAGCUUCAGAAUAGUGCAAUUAAAACAUUGAGAAACUGAACCUUGACGUUGAUAUGCUUUAUACUGCAAACACAGAGACUGUUCAACUUUUUCCAUCCAAGACCCAAGGUGAGCUGAUGUGCUGCAGAGGGAGCCUGGCUAGGUAAACCAUACCACUACACCUGGACUAAGCAAAAACAAGACCCACUUGGCUCCUGACCACUAUUUAUACUACAAUGCAAUGAAUAUUCCUAUUUACAAAUAUACAGUUUAGGCUUUAUUAGUUAAUAUCAUGAAUGGACUGCAUGCUCUUUUCAAUCAACAAACCAAGAGCUGUUUUUGUUCCUGUGUGGAAAAUUUCGCACCCCAUUUGGAAUCAUGCUCUUCGAUGUUCUUCUCUCCUCUCGUUUGCAAGCCAAUGGACAAACCAAAGGAUAUGUUGUUCUAAAUCUCCUUAAGCAGUGAUAAUGUAACAUAUUUGGGAUUUUGUACAAAUAACUAUUGCCAACAUUGGAUUGCACUUUUGUGUUCUGUUCUGUAUGCAAGAAACAUUUGCAUCUUCGAACCGCUGCUGCCUCCGUCUGGUGAAAUUACUCCAUUACAGAAUAGACUUGUUACUCCUGAAACUAUCCUUUUUUGUGGGGUGCUAGUGGGGGUGUUAGCCCUUAUGUAGACACUAUAGAGGCAUUACAGAUUGCUCUACAAAAAUCCAAGGUCAAAUUUGAAUGCAGAAUAUUGCAGGUAUAUGGAAUGCACCCUAUCCUACCACCAGGACGCCCUGAAAUGACCUCAUUAGGUAUCUUGUGUCAAGAUCCACACUUGCAGUUCACACUGGCCACAUGAACAGGAAGCUCUGUGGGUCUGACAAAUAACGAGACCUGUCUGUGUAUUGCUGUCGAGUCAGUGCCUGUACGUUACCAGUCUGGUAUUACUUAACCUGAAAGUCAUAACGUGAGGACAUUUUUUAAACUGACAUGGAGUAAAACCAGGUAACCUGAUGCAGAUAAAUGGUGGAUGUUAUUGCUCACGUACCAGGUGACAUAACUGUUAGGAACAGUGGCAGAAGACAAGAAGUUGCAAAUGUGAUGAUGAAUGGUGUCUAUAUUUUUACCAAAAAUGAAUCUCUGUGUGGUUGGGGAUUGAUGGAGGGUUUGAACACAGAUGUUGGGCUGGAACGGUGAGCAGGGAAACAUUCUCAGUAAACAUCUGACCUCAUCAGACUACCAGACUACUAGAAUUCCUUGUCUUGAUUUUUUUCAUCAUGAUUGGCAGACUGG